AUGUCGGCCCCGCUGGGCAGCCUCCUGGCGCCCGGCAGCGGCCUGCAGUGCCAUGGCAUCUCCAAAGGCGCCGCGCCCGGCCCCCAGGUGCAGCUUGGAGCCCCCGCCAGGCCGCGACGGCGGCGGCCGCAGGCCCUGCCGCCGCGCAGUGCGUGGGGCGGCCACGAGCAACCACCCAAGGACCUUGCCAAAGACCCCGAAGCCAGGUUCCGCCAGUACGGCGAGGACUUUGGGAAGGGCUACUUCCUGCAGGGGGUGAUAGAGAGCGCGCCGCGGGUGCGUGUGCGCACCUCUGCCGACCGCGCCCGCGACCAGCUGGCUGACCUGGCGGUGCUCAACGAGCGGCUGGCGGGCAAAGAGGAGAUGGAGGCGGCGACCAUCAGGCAGCGGCUGGAGUACCUGAAGCGGCGGCGGCGCAACUGGGAGCUGGUGUACCAGCACGUGACGCGGGCCGACGCGCUGUGCACGCUGAGCGCCAUCGAGGAGGCCAAUGCACGAGUGGAGGAGCUGCUGUCGGAGGAGAGCCGGGAGCGACACAGCGUGUCGGCGCUCAAGCGGCAGCUGGUGGAGCUGCAGGGGGAGGUGUCUGAUGCGCACCAGCGCCUGCACCUCACCCAGGCCCGGGUGGAGCAGAACCUGCAGCGCAUCAGCGAGCUGAAGGAAGAGUCGCGCAGGCUGGGCGACGUAGUGGCAGCCAGGGGAGAGGAGGCAGCGGCGCCGGGGGUGGGACAGCGGGAGCAGGCGGCCAUCCCCAGCACUGCCACAGUGGCUGCGGCCGUGCGCGAGGAGGCGGGCGCGGCGCCGGCGCCCGCGGCGCUGCAGGCCGCGGCGGUGUCGUCGGCGGCGCACGCGCUGGCGCCGGGGCACGCGGCGCGCGGCGGCGGCGGCGCGGGGCCGCUCUCCGCGCUGGCCGCGGCGCAGGAUGCGGCGCAGAAGCGGCGGCGCGGCCUGUUCAGCAGCCUGGAGAUGGAGGAGGAGCUGAAGAACCACUGGUUUGCGGUGGCCUUUGUGUCCAAGCUGGGCCCGGAGGACAAGGUCCCGUUUGAGCUGUUUGGCCAGGCCUGGGUGCUGUUCCGCGACAGCGAGGGCCGCCCCGCCUGCGUGCUGGACGAGUGCGCCCACCGCGGCUGCCCGCUGUCCCUGGGGCAGGUGGUGGACGGCAACCUGGUCUGCCCCUACCACGGCUGGCGCUUCAACGGCAAGGGCGAGUGCACCAAGAUGCCCUCCACCAACCUCUGUCGUGGCGUGGCCGUGAGCGCGCUGCCGUGCGCGGAGCAGGACGGGUUUGUGUGGGUGUGGCCGGGCUGGGAAGAGCCGACGCUGCCGCUGCCCGCCGUCACGCGCCCGCCAGCCGGCUACCGCAUCCACGCAGAGAUUGAGGUGGAGGUGCCUGUAGAGCACGGCCUGCUGGUGGAGAACUUGCUUGACCUGGCGCACGCGCCCUUCACCCACACAUCCACGUUUGCGCGCGGCUGGCCGGUUCCCGAUGCCGUCAAGUUCCACGCCAGCCGCCUGCUGGGAGGCAACUGGGACCCCUACCCCAUUGAGAUGUCCUUCAACCCGCCCUGCAUGACGCUCAGCCACGUGGGCCUGGCGCGCCCGGGCAAGGCGGGAGUGGGCGCCACGCCCCAGGACUGCCAGAACCACCUGCACCAGCUGCAUGUGUGCCUGCCGUCGCGUGCGGGCCACACCCGCCUGCUGUACCGCAUGGCCACCGACUUCCUGUGGUGGACAGAGCUGCUGCCCGGCAUCCAGCACUUCUGGCGCUACAUCGCGGGGCAGGUGCUGGGCGAGGACCUGGUGCUCGUGCUGGGGCAGCAGGACCGCCUGCUGCGGGGCGGCGACACCUGGCGCCACCCGGUGUCGUACGACAAGCUGGCUGUGCGGUACCGCCGCUGGCGCAACUCCCUCUCGCUGAACGGAGGGGCAGCGCCGGAGGGCGCCAGGCCUGCGGCCGCCAGCCAGCCCAUCACGAUGCGUUCUGGCGAGCUGUUUGCCCUGGACGAUGAUGAGCACGUGUAUGUGGAUGGCGGCAGCGAGUGCAAGAUUUGA